AAUAGACCAUUUAACGCCAUUUGAAGGCAAGCUUGGAAGUAUACCCAAGAUAGGAUCAUGAUUCAGAUCCGUUAAGGACUCAUUCAUCCCAACUUACUACAUCACUGGGGUUUCGAAGAACAUUCUCUCUCCUUGAGAAGCUAACCUAAAAUGCUAAAGUUGGUAGCAAUAUUUGCCGCCUUGGCUGUCAGCUGCCGAGUACUGUGCCAAGAAUCUGCUUCGUACUUUGGGAAGAAAAUCGGUGACUUCAACCCGCAAGGUGGAGUGGUGGCAUCUCACAACAGUAUGGGUAGUGUCUAUGCUAUCGAUGAUAGGACUUUAUGGUUACGUGGUUUCAGCUACGAUGGUCUUGCUCCAGAUGCAUUUUUGUGGGCUGGUAUAACAGCCCAACCAAGCUCUAGUGGAGAAAUAAUUCCGAAAGAAGAUGGAAGUUUGGAAAAGUUAGGACUUUAUAACAACCAAGAUAUCGUAGUAACACUGAGUAGCGGAAGGGUAAUCACCGACUAUAAAUGGAUAUCCGUAUGGUGCCGUUCUUUCGCGGCCAACUUUGCUGACGUGUACAUUACCACUGGAUUCGUAGCUCCCUCUUCUUAUUCUCUUGGUGCUCUUGGAUUUACUCCCAGACGGUAUAAUGUAAUGGCUGAUGACGUCAUCAUAGUAGACAGCAAGACGAUUCGAUUUGAAAAUCUAUUUUACGAUGGAACUGCACCUGCUACCUAUUUCUGGGUCGGAACCGGUACACCAAGCUCAAGUGGCUUUAUAGUACCAGACGAAGACGGAAACAAGAAUACUGUUUUACGUGCUUAUACCGGGGAAACGAUUACGAUUGUAUUUGACGGUAAUCUAACAGUCUUCGAUAUUGACUACAUUAGUAUUUGGUGUGAAUCAGCGCGUCAGGACUUUGGUAGUGUAACUGUCCCCGAUUCCUCACUCUUAAAUAUACCGCCCUCAUACAGUACGCAACCAUCCGGUCCGGCAUUUGAGAACUGUGAGCAACUUAAUGAGAACAUGCAAGUUCUGUGGACAAUCAACGGUGGCUCAAUCGAUAUUCAGUUGAAAGGAACUGUACCAUUUGGUGAAUACAUGUCUUUUGGUAUCAGUGGUUCAACUACGAGGACUACAAUGAUUGGUUCAGACGUCGCCGUCGCCUGGUUCGAUGGGGAGCAAGCACAAGCAGUUGACUACUACUUAAGUGGAUAUUCACAGUGCUCCAGUGGAAAUGGUGCCUGUCCAGACGUGCAAUCCAUUCCUCAAGGAAGAAAUGAUUUAACUGGAGUAUCGGGAUCUGUGGAGGAUGGUGUUACAGCCAUUUCGUACACUAGGUUGCUUAACACGGGAGAUAUAAGAGACAAGAUAAUUCCGUCCUCUGGCGAAACAUAUGUAUCGUGGGCUAUUGGACCAGUGAACAGUGAUGGUUUAGCUGCUAAGCACUCCGUUCGGACAGAGGUUGUUUUUCCAGAUUAUGGCAAGAAAAUAAAUUUUGGCCGCACGCCGUCAAGCACAUGUACAAAUCUUGUAGUUCCCACAACACCAGUUCAAGGAUGGAAUGAGCUCAGUAUUAGUUCCAGCGUAACAACCUUUGAAGCCAAGAUAGGUCCUAAUGGUGGUCAAAAAGGCUACUCUUAUAUCACAGGAAAUGUUGGAUGGGGGAUCUCUUGGUAUAUUAAUAAUUUACUCAUUCCAAGACUGACGUUAACGCGUGGUACCACCUACACUUUCAAGGUCAACGGUGGAAAUAACCCCAGCCAGAGUGCCGAUUAUCAUCCCUUUUACCUGACCAAUGAUCCAGCAGGUGGUUAUGCCUCCCUCUCACAAGCCGAACAGGUAUUGCAAGUGAUAUACGCUGGCCCGGUGUCCGGUUCAUUAUGUCAGUACGUGAGCUCUACAGGAGUGGACCAGAGUUCCCAGUCCAGUAGUUUUCUAGAAUACUCCAACACCUUGACAUCUCAGUGCAUUUCACCUCAAAGUUCAGGUACCUUAGAAUUCACACCUGAUAGCAGUACCCCUAACAAAAUAUACUACCAGUGUUAUACCCAUCGGUACCUAGGUUGGGAGAUAGAUAUUGUGGAUCCUAGUGGAGGUACUGACGGAUGCAGCGUAGCACCUUGCCUUAAUGGUGGUCAGUGUUUUCCGACGACAACCGGCGGGUACUUUUGUCUAUGUACUCCGGACUACAGUGGUAACAAUUGUGAGGUAGCUGGUCCGUGUGCUCAAAGUCCAUGUUUUAAUGGAGGAACAUGCAUUCCAACAAUAGCAUAUCGGUGCAUUUGUCCUGCUGGCUACAGCGGAAAUAAUUGUGAACAAGUUGAUCAAACCCCUUGUGGUCAGAACCCCUGCAUGAAUGGUGGCGCCUGCACCAACCUCGGUACGACGAACUAUAUUUGCAGUUGUCCCCAAUUUUACUACGGUACGAAUUGCGAAUCAGUGAACCCAUGCACUCCUAACCCAUGCCUUAAUGGAGGAAACUGUAAUGCCAUCGGUGCCACGUACAUAUGUACAUGUGCUGAAGGAUUUGGCGGAAAUAAUUGUCAAGAUACUGUUACCACCGAUUGUAGCUCAUCGCCAUGCGUCAAUGGUGUGUGUACUCCGCAAUCAACAGGCUACGUCUGCACGUGUGUUACCGGUUACGUAGGGAUUAACUGUGAAACACCGGCAUCGUGCAACACUGGGUACUGCUUAAACGGUGGAACUUGUAGAUUCGAUAUUCUGACAGCGUCUGCCAUGUGUAUCUGCAAUAAUGACUUCACAGGCAACAGGUGUGAUACAGCACUUAUUGGAUGCAAUAUGUUUCCUUGCCAAAAUCAAGGUACAUGUAUUUCCGUAACCGGAAGUUAUUUCUGCGUUUGUCCACCUGGCUAUGCUGGCAUUAACUGUGAAACACCACCCGUCAGUCCAUGCAGUACAAAUCUUUGCUUAAAUGGAGGAACUUGUACUGAUGUCAGCGCCACUGCAUUCGUAUGCACAUGUGUGGUGGGCUUCACGGGUGUAUUUUGUGAGACCGCACUUACUGGAUGCAAUACGUUUCCUUGCCAAAAUCAAGGUACAUGUAUUUCCGUAACCGGAAGUUAUUUCUGCGUUUGUCCACCUGGCUAUGCUGGCAUUAACUGUGAAACACCACCCGUCAGUCCAUGCAGUACAAAUCUUUGCUUAAAUGGAGGAACUUGUACUGAUGUCAGCGCCACUGCAUUCGUAUGCACAUGUGUGGUGGGCUUCACGGGUGUAUUUUGUGAGACCGGUAAGUCUUAUCAGGCCAUUUUUUUUAAAGGUGGUCCCCUUCUCAGUACAGAUGUGUAUAAGAGACAGACGUACAUAUGUACAUGUGCUGAAGGAUUUGGCGGAAAUAAUUGUCAAGAUAUUCCGCAGCCGUGUAGCAACAACCCGUGCAUUAAUGGAGGCUUGUGUACCAACGUUGAUACGACAUCAUACACAUGCACGUGUCCUGUGAAUUAUUCAGGAACAAACUGUGAAACUUAUACCCCACCAACCGCUGGGGAAUGUUCAAGGGCCCCUUGCAUGAAUGGUGGAACUUGCCAAACAUCAGGCACGUGGUACAUCUGUCAAUGUCUUGCAGACUACAUGGGCUACGAUUGUGAAACCGGUGGAGAUGGAUCAAUGCCAUGUAGCUCUGCUCCAUGUUUGAACGGAGGAGUUUGUCAAAAUAUUGACACAGCCUCGUUUACAUGUACAUGCCUUCAGUACUAUUCGGGAACGGUUUGUGAAAUUUACACACCGACGACAUUACCCUGUGAUAGCAAUCCAUGUAUAAAUGGUGGCGUAUGUACGUCGGUUGACUCAAUUAGCUACAUGUGCGACUGUCCAAUGUACUACUCAGGAAGUAACUGCCAAACAUUUACGCCCCCCGAUUCGGGAGUUUGCUCUACAAGUCCUUGCUUAAACGGAGGAACAUGUGCGCCUUCGGGCACGUGGUACGCUUGUUCUUGUACAGCACAGUUUAAUGGGAGCAGAUGCGAAACAUUCGUAGAUUCGGGUGCCGAUCCUUGUUCCAACAGUCCGUGCCAAAAUGGAGCAGCUUGUGCGAUUAGUGGAGGCACCUACAUGUGUACAUGCACGAUCGGCUACGAAGGAACUAAUUGUGAAACCUUCAAUCCAGGACUGUCGUUCUCUUGCUCGCCAAACCCUUGUGCAAAUGGAGGGAACUGCGUACCCUCUGGGAAUGCGUAUUUCUGUCAAUGCAUACAAGGAUUUUCAGGAUAUAACUGCGAUCAGUAGUUUAGUCUAAAUAUGACCAUGAUGACAUCACAUCAUAAGCACAUCAUGACUAGGCCUAUAUAUGGGCAUACACCAGUUUUUUGUCGGAGAAAAUUUGUAAAAUCUGGACAAAGCUUAAUAUAUCAGCUAUUUAUAAAACACUACCGUAUUACUUAACGUGUCAACAUCUGUAUCAAAAUUUUGAUCUUUGAUAAGGAAAUGUAUUAACUUUUAUAGGCUUUAUUCGAUAAAUAUCACAUUAAAACUUAGUGUUACUAGACAAGAACUUAGAUUUGUUUAGAUGUUUGCAUAAUAGAUACUGAAAUGUUCUGUCAAUGGUAUUUGAGGUAAAUAUAUUCAAAAUUCAAAAUUCAAUAUAAAAAACAUACAUAGCAGCAACAAGGCUGAAUUGCGUAUGGGUAUUCAUGUUAUUUAUUCGAAUUAUAGAAUCAAUUAAUAAGUGGCAGAUGGGUAUUUACUAACAACAUUAAAUACAAUCGAAAGAUGUGAUUUAUAUUAUAAUAUUAGCAGUUCGAGAAAAUAUCACCAGUUAUUUACAGAACUAUAUCCACAAGGUGUCCCGCAAAAUAUUAUUAUAUACUACUAUGUUGUUAUAAUCAAAAUAAAAGUAAUAAAAAUAAAUAAUGUAAAUCCUAA